GGGGCAUGGUGUGUCGGGGCGGGGGGGUUGUUCCAGCGUUGCUGCCCCCCUCCCCCGCAGGCUCAGCCCAGGAGGGGCUGCCCCCGAGCCGGAGAGCCGGAUCCGCGCGCGCGGCGCGGCUGGGGAGGGGGCGGCGCGGAGGCGCCCGGGCUGCGAUCGCCCUUCUAGGAAGGCUCCUGCCCGCUGUUGAGGGUCGUGCGCCGGAUCCGGGCCUCGCUGACUCCUCCAGAAGCAGGGAGAUUUAUCGUGUGUGCGCGCGUGUGGUGCUGCGUCUGGACUCGGGCUUUUCCUCCACUGGGCUCGAGGAAGCGGCUGCUCCUUCCUCUUCCCCUACCCUCUUGCUCCACAUCCACGAAUCUGGAUCACUAUGGAGCUGGAGAAUAUCGUGGCUAACACCGUCCUGCUGAAAGCCCGGGAAGGAGGUGGAGGUAAGCGGAAAGGCAGGAGCAAGAAAUGGAAAGAGAUCCUGCGGUUCCCACACAUCAGCCAGUGUGACGAGCUCCGGAAGGGCCUCGAGAAGGACUACAGCAGCCUGUGCGAGAAGCAGCCCAUCGGCAGACUGCUUUUCCGUCAGUUCUGCGAGACCCGGCCUGAGCUGCUGCGCUGCAUCCGCUUCCUCGACAUUGUGACUGACUAUGAGCUGUUCCCAGAUGAGAAACGCAAAGAGAUGGGCAAGGAGGUCAUCCGCCAGUUCUUCAGCACAGAGUCUCCAGACUACCUGCCAGAAAUCAGCCAGGCCCACAUCAGCCAGUGCUUGGAGAAUCUGCAGAAGAGCCCCUGCAAAGACCUCUUUAGCAGCUGUGUGCAGCCCUUGCAUGAGUACCUGAGCCGAGGCCCAUUUACUGACUACCUGGGCAGCAUGUACUUUGACCGGUUCCUGCAGUGGAAGUACCUGGAAAGGCAGUCGGUCACCAAGGACACUUUCCGGCAGUACCGCAUCCUCGGCAAAGGGGGCUUUGGAGAGGUGUGUGCCUGCCAGGUACGGGCUACGGGGAAGAUGUACGCCUGCAAGAAGCUGGAGAAGAAGCGGAUCAAGAAGCGGAAGGGGGAAGCCAUGGCCCUGAAUGAGAAGCAGAUCCUGGAGAAGGUCAAUAGCCGGUUUGUGGUGAGCCUGGCUUAUGCCUACGAGACGAAGGACGCGCUGUGCCUGGUGCUAACCAUAAUGAACGGUGGCGACCUCAAGUUCCACAUCUACAACAUGGGCAACCCCGGUUUCGAUGACGAGCGCGUCAUCUUCUACGCUGCCGAGAUCUGCUGUGGUCUCCAGCACCUGCACCAGGAGGGCAUUGUGUACCGGGACUUGAAACCAGAGAACAUCCUGCUGGACGACGACGGUCACAUCAGGAUCUCAGAUCUGGGGCUGGCCAUUAAGAUCCCAGAGGGCGAGACAAUCCGGGGCCGGGUUGGGACCGUCGGCUACAUGGCCCCAGAGGUGAUCAACAAUGAGCGCUAUACCUUCAGCCCUGACUGGUGGGGGCUGGGCUGCCUGGUCUUCGAGAUGAUCGAGGGGCAGUCACCCUUCCGGGCCCGCAAGGAGCGAGUGAAGCGGGAGGAAGUGGAGAAGCGGGUGCGGGAGGAGCAGGAGCUCUACUCGGACAAGUUCAGCGAGGACACCAAGGCCAUCUGCAAAGCGCUCCUGGCCAAGGACCCCAAGCAGCGGCUGGGCUGCGGGGAGAGCGGGGCAGCUGAGGUCAAGCAGCACCCCUUCUUCAGGACCAUCAACUUCAAGCGCCUGGAGGCUGGGGUCAUGAAGCCGUCGUUUGUGCCAGACCCCCGGGCUGUGUACUGCAAGGACGUGCUGGACAUCGAGCAGUUCUCAACUGUCAAGGGCGUCAACCUGGACCAGACGGACAAUGACUUCUACGCCAAGUUUGCCACUGGCAGCGUCUCCAUCCCUUGGCAGAAUGAGAUGAUUGAAACCGAGUGCUUCAAGGACCUGAAUGUAUUUGGACCAAACGGGAUGCGCUCCCCAGACCUGGACUGGAAGCAGCUUCCUGAGCCCCCCAAGCGCAGCUUGUUGCAGCGGCUCUUCCGGCGACAUCCAGCCGACUAUGCCCUCAGCACCAACGCACACUCCAACCUCCCGGCAGGCGUGAACUCUCACUCCCCAACAGCCAACUCUGCCUGCCAAGGCCGGUCCACGGCACAGGCACCCUCCUGACCCCAGCCCUGCCGCGGAGAACCCGCUCCUUGGGAGCCCCAGCCCGGACACCUCCCAUGGAGCCUCCAUCCUUGCCUUCUCAGGGUUACCAUGGAUGUGAAGCAGAGGCUGCUGGAGCAGUGCCGGGGAUGCGGAGGUGGUUGGGCCACCUACGUGCCCGGUAGGACUGGGUUGCUCACAGAGGCUGUGUCGGGAGGGCGUUUGGACUUUUGGGCUGGAGCCCUCUUUGUGCAUGACAGCUGGGACCAGGAGCCAGGCCUGCCCUUGGCACCUCGUCCUGCUUGCCUUGUCUGGGGGCAUCAUGGCCGGGCCAGCCCGGCUGUGCUCUGGACAACCGUGUGCUCCGGUACAGCCUGGCUCCAAGGGUCUGUGCUGCUCAAGGGGAUUCCUCAGCCCCCUGCUCCUACUGUACCCAGGGACCUAGCAGCUGGGUGCUGGGCCUGCAAGAUGCCCCCUUGUCUACUUGCCUAGCCCAAAGGGUCAAGCUGGGAUCCAGUCAUCUCCUCCAGUACAGUCAGGCUGUGGGAAUGGCCACCAGGGUGGGGGGAGGCGUGAAACGAGAUGCUGCUUGCCUGGCAGUGGAGCAGCGAUCUGUGUUGCCGCAGGUUUUGCUGCUGGUAUUUGGGCCUGGGCAUGGGAUGAGGGGUCCAGUGGGCUUGGACUCAGGCCUGAUUUGAGCCCCAUUGCCGGCAGGGAAUGGAAGGGGUGCGAGUCUGCGUGUUGCCCUCAUGCUGCCGGGGAGCUGUGCACAUUAUCUUAUCGCUGGCUGUUUGUGGGACCUCCGGGGCACGGGGAGCCUUGGCCUGGGUUCAAAUGUGUGUUGGAUUUUUAUCUCUAGUCUCCAAGUAGCAGCAAGUGCAGCCUUGGAGCGGUAGGCAGAGCAAGACAGGUGCCCUGCCCCACACGCCCCAGCCUUGCGCUGAGGAUCUGGCCAGCACUGAGCAGAUCAGGCGCUGACAUGCAACUCACUGCUAGCAGCAGGAGCUGAGUUGGGGCAGGGAGGUGCUAAGAUCUGGGGCGGCAUAGACUCCCCGGCACUUUGGCACAACAGUGGGCAGCUCCCCACUGCACGGCUGAACCGGAGCCGAAACACGGUGUGACCUGAGCAGCAGCGGCUGGCAUCCUGAUGCUCUCAAGCUGGGCAGGCAAAGGAGCCCCAGGCUGGCGUGGUGCUAGCAACAUCACCAGCUGCUGUGGCAUGGGCCCAGCCAGGUCAGUAGUACGGCCCUGCUUCGGCUCAGGUCUGCGAGAGCCUGUCGCAGGAGGCCAAAAACUGCCUUCCCACCCUGGCAGGAGGAGGAACAGAGCAGGGGCUGGGAUGGGCUCCCUACUUGGCAGGCCUAGUGCAGCUGUCCUGGGCUUGCUUUGGGUCUCCGGAGCUCACGGCAGCUGGCUAGGGAAAUGGCUCUGGGCGCAGCAGCAUGUCUAGUGGUGUGAAAGCCCCCAUAGCUAUCACAUGCCAAACCCUGCAGUGAGUAACCUUGCAGGGCAUCAGCCCGGGGGGGGGUUGUCUCCCUGCAGUGUGCAACAUUGAAGUGAAUUGCCUCUCUCAGGUAUUUCAGCGAGCUAAAUGCAGCUUGCCUGAGUUGGACACUUCUGGGGCAGGGAAGGACUCGGUUGGGGGGGCAGCAUGUUGCAUGGUCCACACUGCCUGCCCUGUUUUAAGAGGAAGGAAGCACAGAGGGAUUUUUUUGGGUUCUAGCUGGCUGGAUGCUCUCGGCUGAAAAUGGUGGUGCAAGAGCUCAGAAGAGUAUAGGGGAUUCGUGCCCAUCUCGGCUGCUUUGACUAUCUCCACCCCUACACUUAAUAAUCCCUCUACGCUCAUGUCACCGAUGGCAGCUAGAAUACAAAGUGGGUUUCAAGAAAUGGAUUGUGCGUUGUGGUUCCUUUUUUACAUUCCUCUCCCGGGGGAAGGUGGAGUCCGGCUGGCGGGUUGGGCUAAUCUCACUGGCUUCAGCCUGGCUGCCAUGACUGCAGGAGCCGGGGGGAAAACAGACAAGCUGUUUGUAUUGAUGUUUUCCUAUCGAUAGGGGGGGAAAAAAGGGUUUGCACCAUGAGAGAGGGUUGAUUCAGCAGAGAAGUCUGGGGCCUCAACAACUUGGCAGACUCAACCUCCGUAUAAACGAGCGAGAGAGGAUGGUUUCUGCUGCGAUGCCUGUUACCCGUGAGCCUCGCAAACCAAUCCUGAAAUAAUCGCUGCCUGGCUUGGGGAGUUGGUGGCUUGUUUAUUUGUCUUUCUUCCCCCUAGUGCAGAUUUAAAUAAAAUAGGUUUUUUAGUUAUAUAUUUAUAUAUAUCAAAUCUAUUUUGGGCUUGUUUUGGCCUGAGAACGUGCCUGAAAUAGGUUUGAUUUUAAUUUUUUAAAUUUUUUUUUUUGCCCCCCUCCCCUUCCUGCUCCAUUGGAUCAGAGAGGAAAAAGGCUUCAGCUCCUGUUUUAGACUUGUGUGCGUGCGAGAGAAAUUGUGUACAUGUGGUAAAGACUGAGAACUGUCCUCAGAAAGAUGCUCCACGACCCCCUGACUUCCCCAGGAGAGACAGCAUGCCACAUGGACCAGGCUUGUUUCUGGGCAAGCGAGGGGCAUGACACCAGAUUCUCCAGCACAGGGCUUGGGGAGGGGGGGCGAGACCAAUUCCUGUUUGCCAAAGGCAUCUUGAUGUGUGCGUGUGCCUUUCCAUCAAAUGCCAUCGGUUGGUUUCUCUUUGAUUUUCACACUGUAGCUCCCCGGGGCCAGUGCACUCAGUUUACGUGCUGUUUAGUUUUGUACAUUUGUAAACAUUUGUAAAUAUUUGUAUGUUGACUGCCUGGAUGUACAUUUUUAAGCUAAAAGCUGCCAACCAAGCCAUGUGGUGACUCUA